UCUAAAUUCUAACUAAAAUGGAUGAGCAGAUCACCCAUGUCAUGUGGUGCGAGCCAUCAUCAUCAACAGCAUGGUCGGUGUACAGAAGCAUCCUUCCCUUGAUCUCCUUGGUUUUCCUAUUACUACUGUCAGUACUGCAAACAGCUGAAUGCGCAGACGACUGGCGGUUUGAAGCUUGUGGUAAGAAGGUCCAAUGCGGUGAAGGACCCAAUAUUAGUUACCCGUUUUGGAUAUCUGGUCAACAAGAAUCCUACUGUGGCUUUCCGGGCUUUCAGGUGACCUGCAAGAACCAGCAGCCCACCCUCAAUUUAUCCACCGUUAACUAUGUCAUCCUUGAUAUCUCCUACCAAAAUCAAACUCUUCGACUCAUUGAUGCCAAAGUUAGAACAGAAGGCGGGUGUUCAUCUCAAGUUCAGAACUUCACCCUGGAUCGCACACCCUUCCUCUAUGGUCCAAACCAUGAAGAUCUCUUCCUCUUCCUCAACUGCAAUUACUCCUUAUUCCCUUCUGGAUUUUCAGAUCACGAAAUCAAUUGUAGUUCUGUUCACUCUAUGGCGUUACUCAAGGACGAUCUCUUGUUGAAUCAAGUGAAGACUUCCGGGUAUUGUGAUCCGCCGGUAAUCACACCAGUUGACGGAGACAGUUAACCAAGGAAGAAGAACCUUAAAUGCCCAAGAAGAA